AUGAUAUUGUGGAAACAAUUGCAAGUAGAAGACAAAGUUGAGCUUGAUGAUCUCAUGUGGUAUGACCUUAUCGAUGAUCUAUUUGUAGAUGCAAACAAAACUGAACUUGUACCACAAUUUGUUGAAUCAAGGGUUUUAGGUGAAGAUAUAACUCAAAUUGAGAGUGAACAUAACUUUUUUUGUUGUUCUUCUCACGUGAGCAGUCUGCCACAAUGUGGUGAACGUGGGAAACGAGAUAAGUUGAGUGAACAAAUCCAAGAGAAUUUGAGAAAGGAUGAAUCUUGUUCAUAUGCUAAUAAACUAACUCUUUCUUGUUUUAGUCUUUUAUCUCCUUUCAUGCAGAACAUUGAGGAUGAACUUUGUGUAAAGGAUGAUGACAGCUCACUUGAAGAAGACAAUCUCAUGAGUCAAGGUUUUAAAGUGUGGGAUAACCCAUUAUGGGAUGAUACUAAACAUGAGUUUACUGUACAUUUUUGUCCACUUUGGGAUUCCAAUGAAGGAAGCAAAGGUGAUGAAGUUUCCAAUGAAGACAUUGAGACACAUGAAGCUUUUGGUGCCGUAGAUAUUGAGAAAGUUGAGCUAGGUGCAGAAUGUAGUAGCUCAAGUGUGGAAAAGGACAAGUGCUCACAUGUUUUCAACUUCACAAUAUCUUUAUCUUGUUUUCUAGAUCCUUAUUUGCAGGUUCAUUCCAAGCCACUUCACAAGAAAAUAACUUUUGAUCCAUAUCAUGACCAUGGUAUAUUGAAUGGUCAAUGUCAAGAUUCGCGGACGAAUCUUCUUUAAGAGGGGGAGAAUGAUAGCAACCAUGGAGGCUCAAAUGCAUUAAGGAUCAAAAAAGGUCACCACCAAGAUUCGGGACGAAUCUUCUAUAAGAGGGGGAGAAUGAUAGCAACCAAGGAAGCUUAAUUUUCGUUGAAGACUAAAAAAUAUCAAGAUGCUUUAAUGGGCUUCAUUUGGUAAUGACAUGUCAUGUAAUGGAGGAAUAGCUCCAGCCCAAAGGAGAUCUUUAGGGAAAGUCUUAAUACUAAUUGGAGGCCCCAAUUGAAAACCAAGAUGAGUUGGAUUAUGGCCCAAAACAUGCCCAAAGAAGGAACAAGUUCAGCAGCCCAUACUUGUGUUUCUA